UUUUUUUUCUUUUUUGCUUUCUCUAUCUUUGCAGUCGAUAGUAGCUGUUGACUCCGACAAACCAAUUGCUGCGGAAAGGGUGCCUGGUACUGGGCGGACACUUCUUGUAGCACGCGUUUGUCCCGAAGAGAGCUGCAGAGAGGCUGCCAUCAGUUUCCACGGUGCGUCUGCGGCUCUGCUGACAUCAGACAGACAGGAAGGCAACGCGGCGAGUGGCAGCUCAACCGAAACAGGAAACUGCUGCAGCGGUGUUGUCACUGGCCUGGGAAUGACUGAAUUCUGGGUUUGUUUCAGCUGCUGUAUUGCGGAGCAGCCACAGCCUAAACGGCGGCGGCGGAUCGACCGCUCCAUGAUCGGCGAGCCAACCAACUUUGUUCACACGACACACGUCGGGUCGGGCGACAUGGGCCUGGGAUUGCCGUCGGUGGAUCUGGUUCAGGCCCAGAUGAAGUCCAAAGGCGGCUACGUACACGGCGGCUCUGAAGGCUCACAGUUAUGAGUCCGUUCAAGUGCGGCAGAAACUACUACUGUUCUUUAUAGGAGGAAGCAGUUCACAGUCUGUCAUGGACGCCGGACCAAAAGAUAAAAGUACUGCUCUUCCUUUAAUGUUGUAUAUAUAUUUUUUAUUUUCCAUUCUUUUUUUUUUUUUUAAUGAAAGCACUGCUAUCCAUUAGCUGCCAUGCUGUUGCACUGUAAAGAGUAGGCUUUAUUUAGUACGCUCGUCAUCAUCUCAGUCAGAUGUAUCCUUGUGCGUGUGUGUGUGUGUGUGUGUGUGUGUGUGUGUGUGUGUGUGUGUGUGUGUGUGUGUGUGUGUGUGUGUGUGUGUGUGUGAGCGUGCGGGCGUGUGUGUAUGCAUGUGGAAAAUUCUGUCGCUCAUGUAGCCCACACGGAUGCCUGUAUUUAUUAUCGCAUUUGCAAACGGACCUCACGGUGGCUGGGCCACGCCCGAGACGUGGAACUUUCUGUUUCCGUCUUUUUUUUUCCUUUCUUUCUCUCUCUCAGAGGUUUGACCAAGGAUAGGUGGAGGUAGCAAAGCAAGAUGCUAGCUUUUGUUUUUUGUUUUCUUUUGGUUUUCAGAGAAAUCUUAUGAUCCUCUGAGUUGUUUUCAGGGUUGAAGAUUGCUGUUUUCCACUAAACUUGAAUUGAGUCAUGUGCACUGGACCAUUUACCAUGUACACUCACGCCUGCUUAGGAAUUACGCUUUUUUUUUUAUACUCAAAUAGAUUAAAAUCAUGUAGAAUUUUAAUAAACUAUGAACUUCCUUAUCUGUCUUCAUGUACUUAUUAUUUUGUAAGAUUUUUUUUAAGCAGAGGCUUGUAUAUAGUAGAUUCUUGUUUUUGAACUCUAGAAAAUCAUGCAAGCUGAUAUGAACUUGAAAGUAUCCCCACCGCACACAAGUGAGUGGGUCGGGUUUCACACAGAUGCCAGUGUUCUCCAUUUGGACCUGGUCAAUGGCCAGGUUUUCUUUUUUUUUUUUUAAUCCACCAAGUUUUUUCAUCUUAGCUCUUUUGUCAGCAGGGUAUGAUUAAAAAAAAAACGUCUUGGGUCACGGGCCAAAGGAAGAACAUAAAUGUGUGGCGCUCGCAUAUUUGUUUUGUGUAUGAUAUUUUAUAAAUAUAUUUUCUCUCUUGAUGACAACAUUAAAGCACAUGAGGGGAGUGGGCGUCAAUGAACUUGUACACUUUUAAGUACUGAUCCAAAUUAGGAUUGUUUGGCAAUUAUUAAUAUCUGCUCUUUAACUGCGUGCCAUGAUGCCAUAUUUCCUCAAACAUAGGCCGAAGUUCUUUUUUUAAAAAAAUUCUAUGAACCUUUAAAUGCAUUAUAAUAUCGUGUUUUAAUUCAAGUCUGAGAAAUGAUCUCCAAUACACCAACUUCCACUUUAGCAUCAUCCAUGUGUCUUGUAUACAAGGUUCAAAUUUGGAGGCAAUUGGACCUAAAAAAAACCACUAGGCUUUGCCUUGGGAAGAAAAAUUCAAGCUCCAACUUCGAGCAAAAACAAUUGGCAAGUUGCUUAGUAAAACUGGGAAUGUUUUCCCACUUAAUAGUUUAAGUCGAUGUCGCACCCAGCCAAUUUAAUCGUUGGAGCGCAGGCCGCUAUUUGAGGAAAUAUGCAAUUUUUGCUCUGUCAGGCUAAAGCUACUAAAAGCCCUGCAGCCUCAUCACGGACCUACGAUCACAUCCGACCUCUUACUUUUGUCGUCAUACGACUCCAGCACAUUUGCUUCACAUCGAUUGUCGUAACGCGAUCGCUGGUUCAGUUUCAUCGUCUCGGCCUUAAUGAGAGCAGCUAUGGUAUGAAUGUUAACCGGCGCUAACGUUCUGUGCGCCGUUCAUUGCUCACCGGGAUCUUUUCAAUGCAUGCAUGCGCUUCUGUGUAUGUGUAUCUCCUGUGGUUGAACACGUGUCCAUCAGAAUGUAAUUGUACCAUAAAGCCAGCAAAACAUGUUAGUGUCUGUCUGUAGCAGGCAAUAGAAGAAAAUAUACCAGCGAGAGUCUUUAUAUCCAUUCUAAAAACUAUUAUUGUCCCCAAGUCAGUCACCCCAGAAAAAAAAAAUGUAUUUACGGUGACCUGUUUCCCAUUAUGCCUUUUUUUUUUUUUUAAAGCUUUAAAGUAUGUAACAAUUUAUAGGAGUUCAAUAUUUUUCAUGUGGAAAGUUCUUCAUAUUUGUUUUUCCGUCCCAUCUGCUGGUUUACAGUGGAUAGAAAAAGCCUUCAGUGCACAGCCCUGUUGAAAUCAAAAAAUAAAGUUGAGGGAGUCGGCACACACCUGCCAACAUUUAGUUGCUGGUGUCGUAGAAUGUAUGAAGAAAAAUGUUAGGAAAAGCCUACUAAAACAUCUGAACUUUAUUUGGGGUUAGUCAGAGGCACCUUUAAACACCAGGUGUGAAUUCUGAACACAGCCACAUCCUGGCUAUAAGAGGGUGUGCCCACUUGUGCAACCAGAUUCUCAAUUGUUUAACUUUUACUCCAAAUCGAGAUCUACAGGUUAUAGGUUACUAUUUUUAUUUUAUUUUUUAUUUUAAUUAUGAAAGUGUUGUCUCUUUUUCUGUCCAUUGUAAAUUUCAACUUGUGAAUAGCAGGGUGUACUUGAGGGUUGAGUUGAAAUUAUUAUUAUUUUUUAUUCCCCUUUUGAGUUGUAACAUUUGUUUCAUGCUGUAAGGCAACAAUAAGAAAUACAUAUACUUCUGUUUUAGUUACAUUUUUAAUGUUGUAUAAAUUGUCUUUUCCCACCUAAGGGCACUGUAUGACAUGUUCCUUCCAUUAAGAAAUAAGUCCAUCCUGUUUUUCAUUUCUGAAAAUGGGAAAUAAAUGUCACGUGUUGAUGUUUUA